GCGCUUCCGCCCCUUUCCCCUCGCAAGAUGGCGGAGUACGACUUGACCACCCGCAUCGCGCACUUCUUGGACCGGCACCUGGUCUUCCCGCUGCUCGAGUUCCUGUCCGUGAAGGAGAUAUACAAUGAAAAAGAAUUACUGCAAGGAAAAUUGGACCUUCUUAGUGAUACCAACAUGGUGGAUUUUGCUAUGGAUGUAUACAAAAACCUGUACUCAGAUGAGAUUCCUCAUGCUUUGCGUGAAAAGAGAACAAGUGUUGUUGCACAGCUGAAACAGCUUCAGUUAGAAACUGAACCUAUUGUCAAGAUGUUUGAAGAUCCAGAAACUACAAGACAAAUGCAGUCCACUAGGGAUGGUCGAAUGCUCUUUGAUUACCUAGCUGACAAACAUGGUUUUAGACAGGAGUACCUAGACACGCUCUACAGAUAUGCAAAGUUCCAGUAUGAAUGUGGGAACUAUUCAGGAGCUGCAGAAUAUCUCUAUUUUUUUCGGGUUUUGGUUCCAGCAACAGAUAGAAACGCUCUGAGUUCGCUCUGGGGAAAACUGGCAUCUGAAAUUCUAAUGCAAAAUUGGGAUGCAGCCAUGGAAGAUCUCACAAGAUUGAAAGAAACUAUAGAUAAUAAUUCUGUCAGCUCGCCACUCCAGUCUCUUCAGCAGAGGACAUGGCUCAUCCAUUGGUCUUUGUUUGUGUUCUUUAACCACCCCAAAGGCAGAGACAACAUAAUUGAGCUCUUUCUCUAUCAACCACAGUAUCUAAAUUCAAUUCAGACUAUGUGCCCACAUAUUCUUCGGUACCUGACUACUGCAGUCAUAACAAACAAGGAUGUUCGAAAACGUAGACAAGUACUGAAGGAUUUAGUCAAGGUUAUCCAGCAGGAAUCCUAUACAUACGGGGACCCUAUUACAGAGUUUGUAGAAUGCUUAUAUGUUAAUUUUGAUUUUGAUGGUGCCCAGAAGAAACUGAGAGAGUGUGAAUCGGUCCUUGUGAAUGACUUUUUCUUAGUGGCCUGCCUGGAGGACUUCAUUGAGAAUGCUCGCCUUUUUAUAUUUGAGACCUUCUGUCGCAUUCAUCAGUGUAUCAGUAUUAGCAUGUUGGCAGACAAACUAAAUAUGACCCCUGAAGAAGCAGAACGGUGGAUUGUCAAUCUGAUUCGAAAUGCAAGGCUGGAUGCCAAAAUUGAUUCAAAAUUGGGCCAUGUAGUUAUGGGUAACAAUGCAAUCUCACCCUAUCAGCAAGUGAUUGAAAAGACCAAAAGCCUGUCGUUUCGGAGUCAGAUGUUGGCUAUGAAUAUUGAGAAAAAACUGAACCAGAGCGGCAGGUCUGAGGCACCUAACUGGGCUACUCAAGACUCUGGCUUCUACUGAAAUACUUCUGAGCUGGCUGGGAUUAAAUUUUCAUUUUAUAAAAGCUUAUGAAAAAUGUAUACCUUUUUGAAAAAGGUAAAAAUUUGUUUGAAGCAAAAAAGAUUUGAAUAAAUUUGGCUACUUUUAA